GUGAUGCAAAACAUAUCCAAUGGUGAUUGGGCCUUUCAGUGCAGUGACUGCGUCAAUUUUCAACUGCAGAGGAUCAUGGUUAGAUAAACUUUUGUACUUGGUUAUUGAAACUCAGGUUUGGCGCCUCCUAGGGUUUAAAGAGAUGAAGCGUUUCCAAACAAAACCAAAAAUCUUUGCCGAUAUGGAAAUCACGAAGUUGUUUGUAAUAAUUUUAAAUGGGUUGUUUGUUUUAACUAGAAACGUGUUGGUUUGUUUUAAUUCCGUCUUCUUUUUUUCUAACCCUAACUUUUCUGCCCCUCAAACAUGGACGACGAUGACGUUGCUCUCGCGGAUUCUUUCAUCAAUUUCGAAGCUGCUGCCUGUAGCCCCUUCGAUAACCCUCCUGAUCCAAUUAUCAUCGGAUAUGAUUCUUCCAAUCUGGAUCCUCCAGUUGGUAAUUCCAGUGGUGAGGAAAGGAUUAAGAGUUUCGAUUUAGUUGAAAAGGAGGUAAAUGAAAAUGAAAGUGGUGGAGUUAGAGGCGAGAUUGUGGCUAUUGAUGAUGAUGCUGUCGGAGUGGAGAUUGAAGAUGGUGAAGUUAGAGGCAAGAUUGUGGCCAUUGAUGAUGCCGUUGGAAUGGAGAGUGAAGGUGGCGAGAUUAGAGGUGAUGUUAUUGCUUAUGAUGAUGAGAUUAGAGGCAAUGUUAUUGCUAGUGAUGAUGAUAUUAGAGGCGAGAUUGUGGCUGAUGAGGAUGCUGUUGGAAUGGAGAGUGAAGGUGGUGAGAUUAGAGGCGAUGUUAUUGCUAAUGAUGAUGAGAUUAGAGGCGAGAUUGUCGCUAAUGAUGAUCUUAAUGCAAUUGUUAUGGAAGGUUCUAAUAGGGAGAAUGAGUGUUCCAGUGGUGGUAUUAAAAUCCACGAGGAGUAUGAAUUGGAAGAAGGUGAAAUAGUAGAAUCUGAUAAUGAUAGAAAAUAUGGGUUGGAUGAUGAAGAGUCAUCUGAUGAUGAUAUUGGUGAUGAUAGAAAAGAUGGGUUAACGAAUGAGCUUGAGAUUCUUCCUAGGGUCCCUCAUGUGAAUGUAAAAUUGGGACCACAUCAUAUAAUGCUGCCUCUGGGAGUUGUUACAUCUAUUGUCGGUGCUAGAGUCGUUGUGGAAGGGUCGGAGAAUCAUGAGUCUCUUGAUCAAGGUUCCAUUCUCUGGAUUACUGGAAGGCAAACACCCCUAGGUGUCAUUGAUGAUACCUUUGCACAAGUUAAAAAUCCACAUUAUGUAGUGAGAUACAAUUCGGAAGAUGAAAUCCCGGAAGGGGUCCAUGAGGGAACUUUGAUUUCGUUUGUUCCUGAGUUUGCUAAGCAUGUGCUUAAUUUCAAGGAUCUUUACAAGAAAGGUUCUGAUGCAUCCGGUAUAAACGAUGAGGAAUUGUCCAAUGAAACGGAUUUUUCGGAUGAUGAGCAAGAGGCCGAGUACAUGAGAAUACAAGGACAGGCAAAAAGAGGCCAAAGCAGUCAAAGUUCUGAUUGGAUGAAAAACGACAGGCAGCAUGUUCCACUAAAUGAUGGUUCCAUCCCUAAGAGGCUAAUGGUUGCUCAUGGUCACGGUCUGCCUAUUCCGAGCAGUGGGCAAGGCUUUUUUGGUGUUGGCCAUGGUCAUUUUCCCCCUCUUCCUGGCACUGGACAAGGCUUUUCUGGUGUUGGCCGUGGUCAUUCUUCCCCUCUUCUGCCACAGCCGGCAUUGCCACCACAUGCUCCAGUGUCAAUUAAUUUGUCUAGUGGAUUCCCUACAAAUAGUGUCGCAUGGUACCAAGAAAAUACUCAAAAUUCUCAUCUGCAGCCGAUGCAAGGAAUCCCAUCUCAACAGCAGUUCAAUCCCAGCCACAGGUUUCCUCCACCGACUGUAUAUCCUGGAGGACAGCCCAAUAUGUAUGCAGAACCCAUUCAUGCACAGGGGCUCAUGAAUCAAAACCAAUGGACACACUUUCCCCAGUUUCAAGCACCUACAUGUUUUCAACCAGUUAAUAUUUCAGGCAUUCAAGGUGGUCCUCCACAACAAUUCAACCCACCUACAUAUUUUCAAUCACUGCCAAUUCCAGGCUAUCAAAGUGGUCCUCCGCAUCAAUUCAAUCCAGGUGGCCCUCUAGGUGGCCCUUUGCAGGCAUUCAAUCCCCUUCCAUAUUUUCAUUCACCACCAAUUCCAGGCAAUCAAGGUGGUCCUCAGCAUCAAUUCAGUCGGCCUGCAAAUUUUCAAUCACCGCCAAUUCCAGGCUAUCAAAGUGGCCUUCCGCAUCAGUUCAAUCCACCUACAAAUUUUCAAUCACCACCAAUAUUAGCCAAUCCGCAUCCUCCACAAUUUCAUUACCAAUUCAAUCCCGGUGCUUCUGAUGACCGAGAGAGAACAUUUGCUGCUCGCAGGAGACCAUCCCAUAGAGGGGGUAAAGGUUGGCGACCAGCCAGAUAAAGACUAAAGAUUACUGUGUAAAGGUAAUUGCACAUUGAAAAAAUUUCUCUGGUUGGAACAUUAUGGAAGCAACAGAUACUUCAUUUUGUUGAGCGAUUCAUUUACUGAGUUCAUAUUACAUUGGUCAUUUGUUUUCAUUAGACUUGUAUAGUCAUGUACUGAAGAUUUCCUCCUUGGUGGCUUGGUGGACAAAGUUUUUUCACCAAGGAUGGAUUGUAAAAAGGAAACAUAGAGAGAAUUUUUUUGUGCAAAAUAGUUUUCCAAGUUGGAUUUGCACAGUACACCCACUCUUCACAACUGGGUUCAUUGGCUAUGGUUUUGGAGGAUUAAAAUAAAUACUAGAAUGUCUACUCAAUGGAAUGACAUUGAUUGAAACUUUUUCCAGCUUUUUCGCGGUGUAUUUUGUUUAAAUAGAAUUUGACUUUGGAACUAAAUGCACUAAACUCUCAAAUAGAAUGUUUUUUUAUCAAA